CUAGGCUCUAGGACCUUUGGAGUGCAAUCUCCUCGUUCAGCCGGAUGUUGCGCGUCGCUCCUGUCGUCAGACAGGCAUCGUCUACCGCUUCAAGGGGUGCACUAAGGUCUCAGAGGAGGCGUCUGGCGACCGAGGCUACCACCCCGCCCAAAAAGAAUGUCCUCAGGAGGCUAAUCUUCUACACCGUCGCUGGCACAGGUACAUUCUAUCUCGGAAGCACCUUUGUCUCCUUUGAAAACCAGCAAUACCGCGAGUUCUUCACCAGCAACGUGCCCCUUGCCGAUGCUCUCAUCGACUAUGGCGAGGCAAACAAGUGGGACGAGAUCACCAUCCAGUCUAUCAUUGUCUCCAGCGUUGACGCGGCCAAGUAUGUGUCCGACUUCGUGCAGAAGCAGCUCGGGAACUCGGCCGACGCCGUGGAGAAGUCAGGAGAUGUGGUCAAGGAGAAGGCGGCUCAGGCUAAGGAUGCCGCUUCUUCAAGCCUCAAGGACCAGAAGGAGCGCGUCAAAUCUGCUGCCUCUUCUUUGAGGACGUCCGUCAAGAAGAACGAGGAGAAGAUCACGGAGAAAGGUUCGAAGGCUGCUGCUAUUGCCCGACACCAGGCCGCUCAGUUCUCUGAAGAAGUCGAGGAACUCGUCAGGAAGGCUGAAGCUGCCAUUGCUGGGAAGUCCAUGCCCGUUACUGGGGUCACGACUACUCCUGAGCAGCCCGCUGGCUCGCCUCCUGAUGCUAUCUCACCUUCAACGGAGCACGUUGAACUUGUCAUAAUUAGGGAUGGCAAGGAGUGGGACGUUCCUCUACCCAUCGGUUUUGAACCUCCCCCGGGCUUCUCUCGCCCAGCUCCUCCUAAACCUAAGCCUACCAAACUCACUGAACCCGCACCCGCACCCGAACCACUUCCCCUCGUCGCGCCCACGGUCUCAGAAUGGAGUUCCUCCGAACCUGUCAUUUCGCAACUGGCUUCUACCAUUGACAACCUCGCCUCCUUCUUGAAUUCGAAUCCCACGGCAGCUGGCAAGGCCAAGGACAUUCUGGAGACCGCCAAGCUGGAUUUAUCCGGUCUCGCGGAGCGCAUGCAUGGCAUCAAGGAGGAGGAGCGCAAGCAGCUGGAGGCGAAGCUCGACGACCAAGCUCGGGAGUACACCCUCAAGCUUCUCGAGCUCGAGAUGGAUGCGCAAGAUAAGCUGGAUAGCCAGGAGCAAGACUACCGCCACCUGUUCGACUCGGAGAGGGCUAAGUUCGUCCAGGCGCACCGCGAAAAGCUUGACCAGGAGCUGAAGACACAGACUGAGCUCAUUAACGAGAGAUUGAAGGAGGAAGUCAUUGCACAGGGUAUCGAGCUACAACGCCGUUGGAUUCGGGAAGUUAAGAUCCGCGUUGAGCAGGAGCGGGGCGGCCGUCUUGCUAAGCUCGAUGAGCUCUCGACAAACCUCAAGAAGCUCGAGCGCAUCGCUCUUGACAACUCCACCUACCUCGAUGAUAACAUCCGUGUUCACGGCAUGUGGACUGCUCUGCGUUCUUUGCAGAAUUCGGUCGAUGCUACCAUACGGAAACCUUUCCGUGACCAGCUCAACAUCCUGCGUCACAUCGCCGUAGCGAAGGACGACCAGGUCAUGUCCUCCGUCCUCGAGUCGCUUGAAAAGUCGGACGUUCCUGAUGUUGGCGUUGAACCCUUCGCGGACCUCGCCUCGUGGUUCUCGACAUCCGUCGCACCUCGCGUCUCGAGUGUCGCCCUCGUUCCUGAUCAGAAUGCCGGCGUCCUCGCUCAUCUGGCGUCGCAUCUUUUCUCUACGUUCCGUUUCCAGCGCCGCGGCUUUGUUGGCGGUAACGAUACCCUGAGCGUAUUGGCGCGGGCCGAGUACCACAUGAACAAGAAGGAUCUCGACAGCGCUGCUCGAGAAUUGAACCAGCUCAAGGGUACGGCUGCCGAACUUCUGCGGGAUUGGCUGGAGGCAGCUCGGAGACGGCUGGAGAUGCAGCAGGCUCUCGAGGUAAUGCAAGCACAGGCGACGCUCGCCUCCCUCCUUGUGGUAUAGACAUUCACAUUACAAUACAUUAGACAUCUACAUCCCUGCAGUACGCUUUUAUUCGGAGCACCCUGAGCUAAUGAACCCUUUCGGUGAGGAUUUCACUCUACAUUGGCGGCAUGGCAGCACCGUUAGGAGAUGCGACCGAAGUUUGCAGAGCACAGUUGCAAACGACCUGGGCCCUGCGAACAACGGUCUGCGUUGUUUCAGUGCCCGUUGGCCCGUUUGCCUUUGUCACCUUGACGAGGCCGGGGAAAUUGGUCGCGCCGACAAAGUCCUGCUCACCGUGCUCACUCCGGAGACACCGACGAACAAGCUCGAGCUGACGGGGGUGCAGCACGCUUCCAAGCUCGGGCACGAAGGCGCGAUAAAACGCGUCGAUAGAGCUGCCGGAGCUGGUUGGUGAGCCAUGGAGCAUGCGCGAGAAGGUGUAUGCUGCUUCGAGGAUGAUGACGCCCGGCAAGGGAUCGGCGAGGGUGCCAUGCGUGAGGACCUUCAUGACUGUGGGCAAGCGUUCUACGAGGAUAUUUCGUGAAAGCUCCGGAGUGCAGCUAUCGACUGCUGCGCUGAACGUUUGGCGUCGCCAUACAGCUGCGACGACAGGAUUACGGGAGAAAAGAUGCUCGUGAAUACGAGUGAUGUGGUCGUUGGCCUCGUUCGAGUUGGUCACGAUGAAGUUGUUGAUUAUUUCUGCGCUGAUGAGCUCAGACAUGGCAUGCCGCAGCAAGUUCUGGACGCUCAUGGGGGACACGUUCGUGACAGGGAAGCCAUCAACAAUAUCCUGAAUGUCCUGAAGAAGGGCCCCAUGGAUCUCUUCCAUGGGCGCGGGCGGUGCGCGUACAACAUCUGCUGCCCAGCGGUUGAUGGUGCGCUCAAGCUGAGAUGCCGCAUUCUUGAUCGAGAAGUCGUCGACCGAUGACCCACCUUUUGGCGUUGACUGCCUCUGUUCAUGCUGUCGGUCAUUGCCUUCAAGGAGCGCGAUUCGCUCUCUCAAUAGCGCAACCUGCCGCUCCUGCUCCUCGAGCUGUUUGCGUUGGUCCUCGACUUUCUCGUGCGCAAUACGGAAGUUCGUUAGAGCAUAUCGGUACUGCUCUCCGCUGACUAGAUCCAUCGAUGACGGCGCGGGGGACUGGGUGCUGUACGAGCCACCGCUCGAACCAUUGUAGGACAUUGCGAAACUGGU